AUGCCCAUCCAAGAUAUUGCAAGCAAAGUGCGAUCUGUACUCGACUUUGCACUACAUCUACAGCAUGUCCUCGAAAAGGACGUCGAUGCUCCAUCCCAAACCAUUGCAGACACGUUAUCAUAUGUCCAAGCUUUGCCUCUCCCUCGCAAAGACCUCUCACCUCAGCAACGGGUUGACUUCGAUCGGAUCGGAGUUUCAUUGUGGAACACGUGCUGCAGAUUAGGCAAGAGUGAUGGAACACAAGAUCCGAAGCAUCUGGCGACCAGUAACAUGUUCCAACUCCAUACCUCGACCUCCCUGACUGAUCUCGGCGAGCAGUACGAUGUUUCUCCUACUUCCUUGUCGAGAGCGCUUCGAGGUCCCAUGGAAAGAGUAAAGUUGACUACUUCCUGUCGACUCUGGGUGCAAUCUCACAUGCCAACAGAUGCUUUCAACCUCUUCCGGCACGCUCUGAAGACCUCGAAAAGCUGCCUCGAUGCUGGAUUGUUCGAUCUCGGUGCUCGAAUUGUGGAGCAUUUGGCGGCGAAAGACGAAGAACUGAGUGAGAUCAAACAAGAUGACAAUAAUGGCGAAGCUGUGCUAAGCAACGCUUUGCGUGCGGAAUAUUUACUCGUACGGAUCGCGCUGGCAUGGAAGCAAGACCGUAUCGAACUUGCGGAUCACUUCAAUGCACAGCUCGAAGCUGUUGAGUCAAAUAUCGACCUCGGAGUCGUCAGAGGUUUGAUCGACCUGUGCUAUGAGAUUGGAAGUGAUCGCCUCGAUCAGAAUCCAAGGCAAGGCCAUGUAGCAACAAAGUGGCUACGAAGAGGUUGCGAACUUUCAGAUCAAUACGAUGCGGGCGUUGUAGAUGCUGACGUACACGAAAUGAGACUCGCUUUGUUGCACACGCUUGUAAGAGCUCUACGUUCUAGUCAAGAUUUCGAAGACCGUGACGAGGCUUGCAGGGUCAUGGUGAAGUUGAAAGAAGAAUUUGGUCAUAAGGCCUGUGUCAUUGUCCUCCAGCUGGAGAUUCACAAGGAGGAUGGCAGGACGGAUGUCGACGCAUUUUAUCAAGGUAGGAGCUCGUCACAUUCAGGUAUUACCAUCGUACUGACCUAUCAAGAGUUUUUGAAGCUGGUUCGAUCCGCCCAUUUAAUCCUGUCGAACCACAGAUUGAUCAUGCAUUAUGUUCACUAUCUAAAAUCAUUGAGCAUUCACCAUGCCAUCGAGGCUCUGAUGACUUACAUCACGACAAGAUUGGUGGUCGGAGAAGAGCACGACUGGGUAGACAGUGCCAUUAUAGUUUUGGUCUGGAUCAUGACUCUCUCGGGGCCUAGCAGCCCAUCGAGGAUCCAUGAUCAAACAUCAUGUCGGUUCAAUCAAAUCCAGUCGGCAGGACGCGUGAACAUGGGGCCGGAAGCUGCGCAAAGCGCAUUUGUUCUUCUCUGGAAACGAGUUGAAGACUCGUUCAACCAGGAUGCAAAACAGGAUGCGGUAGAAUGGUGUCGUGCUGCCCAGCAUGGGCUCUUCUCUGGCGGUGUGCAUGUUGAGAAUGCUUGCAAAGUCGAGAGAAAGGUCAUGCAGUGUUACCUAGACCUGUCUGACGUGGAGGCUGCUUCCAAGGCUUGGAAUACCAUGUCAACGAGAGGGAAACAACACUUCCUCGGCCGAUAUCUCCACUAUUGCCUAGCACUUCGGAAAGGCGAUGACGCCGAAGUGCGUUCUGCAUUAAGUUCUCUGUCGAUGGUGCACGACGAUCGAAAUCGGAUUCUCUUCGUUGCUGUUGCCGAAGCUCUACGACAUGGCACGAAACCCCAGGCAGCACAGUUGCUUCAACGGAUAUUGGACAAGUACAGAGAGAACCUUCCACCGGAAGUUGAUGCAUAUGCUCUGCUGAGGUGCGUUGGAAUAAAACCCCAUGUACAUGCCACUGACGGUUCAAGAUUUACGGCUCGGCUUCUGAUCUUGGCUCUUUCGGAGCCAAGUGAAGGUCAGGAUGAGCUUCAUCGGAGGCUGUGUGGAGUGUUCAAGUUCGCUUCGACACUAAGUCAAAACACCUCUGGCGGGAAAGGGGUACCACUCCAAGAAUGUAGAUGGUUCCAAAAGACAGCCUUCAGUUGUGCAGCCCAGAAUCAUAACUCCUGGCCAGCAAGAUACUUGAUCGACAUUCUGCAGUAUUCGUGUCAGUUUGCUGUCGUCUCCGAUGUUCGAGCAGGUGCUCCGUCCGAAGAACAACUCAAAAACGAACUUGACAUGUGGGCCCUGCAAGUAGCUCUCUAUGUGGGUGAAGCAAGGUCAGCCUCUCCGUCCUGGACGGUUGAAGACAUUCCGAAAACCUCGUAUCUCAGCAAGUCACCUCCCUCGCCUAGAGAUAUCAAGGAGUUGCUUUAUCGGAACGCGUUCGACAGAUUCUCGACCAUGCAGCGCAAGUUGCAGGAGCUGCCAGGAGAUGAGUCCCGGAGGACAGCAGAAGACAUGAAGCAGAAACUCAUCUCGAUUUCACCUCUCGCUUUCGAAGCACUUCUGUUCCUGACGGCCACAGACCCGGCCGCCACGAGCCAUCGUCGUGACUUUUUUUCACUUCGCAGCCUCCUGGGCCAGAUCACCCAGCUUCAGCCUCCAAGAAAGACUUACUCGUGUUUGGCAGACAUGAUUCUGUCCGCUGCUUGUCGUAACUCCCCGGGCGGCGACGCGAUGGACCCUCCAGUGCAGUUUCCAACCUCAGCGGUGACCCAGCUGCUCUCGACGCUCAUCCAGGGGAUCCGCACCCAGUCCGGCUACGACCUCUCGCAAGCGUCACGCUGGAUCCGAUGCGUCGUCCAGGUCCUCCUGGACGGGCACCGCGACGAAUUUGCCGUCGUCGACACGGAAGAUGAGAUUGGGCUGGUCACGGUCGACACGGUCGUGGAUCAAGCUUUGGGUCUUGCCCGUUCGGCGGCGGCGGUGCCUUGUUCUCCCGUGCAGGAUCACGAGGCGUAUCCGGCGGAAGAGCUCGAAUGGCUUGCCACCACACUGUUCAAUCUCUCCAUUGACCUAUACGUGGCGUCUAGUGAAACAGAGACUGAUUCUGAAAUGGCGGCCUGUCAAAAGCACAAGGGCGGACGCCACGGUGGCCACGACGAGGACCGUGAUGGCGAUGCUGAUGGUGGUGGUGGUGGUGACGACGAUGCAUACCGUGCUCAUUAUAGACAGCCACAGUUCUGGGCAAGAAAGGCCAUCGAGGUCGCGGAGCUGUUGAAUGGGGGUGUGAAUGUUCAUGCGAACGGGGACGGAGGGAUGUUGGCACGGCUUUUGAGAGAGAAAUGUCAACGCCUAGGCUGGGAUGUGUAG